CACACACAAACUAGGUGUACAACAAUGUACACUAGAUUGCAACACAACGUGCAGCAGAGAUUACGGAGAGACUCGUCAAGGUUUGAGAGGUGUGUUCCUCUUAUCUGUGAGAGGUGAAACCCUCUUAAAGAUGCAAAAGGUUCCACCUGCCUCAACCUCCCUCACCUUUUCCACCACACCUGUGUGGGGGAAGCGUUUGUCCAACUGAAGGCCGCACUCUGAGAGCAUGGAUGCACUAAAGAUACCUGAGGCUGUGCAGCAAAAAGAAAAUAAUGAAAGCAAAGAGCACAAGGGGAGUCCUGCACACUCCACCCUGGCUCUGAUGGACGGGGAGCCAGAAGAAGAAGACCCCUGGGACCUUCCUGAGCUGCAGGACACGGGGGUGCCGUGGUCAGCGCUGGACUGCAAGGGGAAGGUGCUGAGGGUGCUGGUGUCCCUGGUGAAGCUGCUGGUGCUGCUGGGCCUGCUCUACAUGUUCAUCUGCUCUCUGGACAUCCUCAGCUCCGCCUUCCAGCUUGUGGGAGGCAAAGCGGCGGGGGACAUUUUCCAGGACAACGCGGUCUUGUCCAACCCUCUGGCUGGUCUGGUCAUCGGCGUCCUGGUGACUCUGCUGGUCCAGAGCUCGUCCACCUCGUCCUCCAUCGUGGUCAGCAUGGUCUCCUCCGGGCUGCUGACGGUGCAGCUGGCAGUGCCCAUCAUCAUGGGCACCAACAUCGGCACCUCGGUCACCAACACGCUGGUUGCCAUGACGCAGGCCGGGGACCGCAGCGUCUUCCGCAGGGCCUUCGCGGGCGCCACGGUGCACGACUUCUUCAACUGGCUGUCGGUGCUGGUGCUGCUGCCCCUGGAGGUGGCCACCGGGUACUUGUACGAGGUCACCAAGAUCAUCAUCGACUCCUUCCAAAUCCAGAGCGGCGAGCCCCCCGAGCUGUUGAACGUCAUCACGGACCCCCUCACAGACGCCAUCAUUGAGCUGGACAAGUCUGUCUUAAGUGAAAUAGCCACCGGGGACCCGGCAGCGCGGAACAAGAGUCUGAUCAAGAAGUGGUGCCAGACCUUCACCAACAUGAGCACAGUCAACGUGACCGUCCCCGGGCCUGACAACUGCACCUCCCAGUCCGCCUGCUGGUCCGAGGGCAACAUGACCGUCACGCUGAAGAACAUCUCCAGGACGUACGGCGUCAAGAAGUGUGAGCACCUGUUUGUGGACGUGCAGCUGUCCGACCUGGCGGUGGGUCUGAUCCUUCUGGCGCUUUCUCUGCUGGUGCUCUGCUCCUGCCUGCUGCUCAUCGUCAAGCUGCUCAACUCCAUGCUCAAGGGUCAAGUGGCGUCAAUCAUCAAGAAGAUCCUCAACACAAAUUUCCCCUUCCCGUUUGGGUGGGUCACAGGUUACAUCGCCAUCUUAGUCGGAGCCGGAAUGACAUUCAUCGUGCAGAGCAGCUCGGUUUUUACCUCCGCUAUCACUCCACUUGUUGGCAUCGGCGUGAUCAGCAUCCAGAGGGCCUACCCGCUGUCCCUGGGCUCCAACAUCGGCACCACCACCACCGCCAUCCUGGCAGCCAUGGCCAGCCCGGGAGAAACCCUGGACAACGCCCUGCAGAUCGCUCUGGUGCACUUCCUGUUCAACAUCUCCGGCAUCAUCCUGUGGUACCCCAUCCCCUUCACCCGCCUGCCCAUCCGCCUGGCCAAGGCCUUGGGCAACAUCACCGCCUCCUACCGCUGGUUCGCCGGCGUCUACAUCCUGUUCUGCUUCUUCAUCCUGCCGCUCCUGGUCUUCAGCCUGUCGCUGGCCGGCUGGCCCGUGCUGGCGGGCGUGGCCUGUCCGCUGCUGGCGCUGCUGCUCGCCGUGCUGCUGGUCAACGUGCUGCAGAAAAGGAAGCCCGGGUGUCUGCCCGCCUGCCUGCGGACCUGGGACUUCCUCCCGCUCUGGGCGCACUCCCUGGAGCCCUGGGACCGGCUGGUGGGCGUGGUCGCCGCCAAAUGCUGCUGCUGCUGCAAAUGCUGCCAAGCCGACGACGGCGGGGCGCCGGAGCACCCGCGGGCGUACGAUAACCCCGCCAUGUGUGGCGAGAAAGCGGAAGAAGGCGACGUGAGCGUUCUGAAAAUGACCAAACUUUGAGGCUGCGUUGUUGCGCAACGUGUUAUUUAUGUCCUCUCCACAUCCUUUCAAGCAGGGGUGUCCAAACUUUUUCCUCCGAAAAAUCAAAACACGCGGCGGCCAUUUUGAUUGUUUUCAUUUUCAAAACCAAUACAACAUAUAGAUUUUUUUAAAAAAAUCUUUUAGGGCUCGCCUCAAUUUUGGCCCCGGGAACCCGAAAGUCAUAAAAAUGUUAAAAAUAAUUUCGGUUUUAACACUUACGUCACCAUUCUGGAGACCGAUGAGCUUUGUCCGCAGGUUUGAUGACUUUGGUGACACUAAAAAGACAAACAAUACAGUCAAUAUGUGAUGCACAUAAACGAUGUAAUGCUACCUUACAAGGCAUGAAGAAGGAUAUCAAAUAUCAAUUUGUACGACUGACGCCAUCUUGAAUGACAUCGUCGCUAAUGAGUAAGACAAAGAACUCUUUUCACAAUCACAAAUCGUGAGUUUAGCUCGCAAUAGUUCGGACAAAAACAAAGUUACAAAGUUCAACUUUCAAUACAUACCGGCAAAGCAACCUUAAACAAGAAGAUAUAUGCAGUAUUUUUUUUCCAAAAAGAACCGCCGUGAAGUACGUGCCGGCACCGGAAGUCUCUCUGCGUGGCCGAUGCCACUUCCGGUCAAUAAAGUUGGAUUCAUAUUACCCGCCCUGACCACAUGAUGGCGACAUAAACACAUGUAACGAUGUUCAUUAAAAGCCUGACACACUUUAACAAGACUUUACAACUUUUAGUUGCAACAAAACAAAUAUAAAUGUUCUUCUUUUUUAAUAUUCAACUUCCGGUCGAUAAAGUUUGAUUCAAAAGACACUUUUAAGAGAUGUAUUACCUGCCCCUGACCACAUGAUGGCGACAUAAACACAUGUAACGAUGUUCAUUAAAAGCCUGACACACUUUAACAAGACUUUACAACUUUUAGUUGCAACAAAGCAAAUAUAAAUGUUUUUCUUUUUUAAUAUUCAACUUCCGGUCGAUAAAGUUUGAUUCAAAAGACACUUUUAAGAGAUGUAUUAUAAAUAAAUAAUAAAUAAAUAAAUUACCGUUAAGAGAUGUAUUACCUGCCCCUGACCACAUGAUGGCGACAUAAACACAUGUAACGAUGUUCAUUAAAAGCAUGACACACUUCAACAAGAAUUUACAACUUUUAGUUGCAACAAAACAAAUAUAAAUGUUCUUCUUUUUUAAUAUUCAACGCUUGAAUCUCUAGAUUAGUGGUUCUCAAACUUUUUUCACCAAGUGCCACUUAAUGAUGAAAUACAGUAUCCUAGUAGGCCUAAGUAUUCAUUAAAAACAAGCCAGAGUUUUUUUUGUGUGUAACAUUACACACAGUUUGAACAGUAACACUGUAUUUGAAUGUGGGAAAAUACAAGUGAUACAUUAUGAUAUUUAAUUAUGCGAUUCUCUGGUGUACCACUAGAUGGAGCCCGCGUACAAACUAUGGUACUGGUACCACAGUUUGACAAUAACCUCUCUAAAUCAACUUCGAGUCAGUCAAUAUAAAAAGUUAUUAUUAAUAAUUAUUUGUAUGCCCUUUUUGGCAAAACCCAUGUUUUAUGGCAAAAACACAAAAUAUGCAGUAUUUUCCCCAAAAAAUAUUGUGAGUGUAAAAAUAGCUUAAAAUAGGAAAAUCAUUUAUAAUUGAUUUUAUUUGGUUAUUUUUAAACAAUGACAGUUAAAAGAAAUUUAUUGGGUGUCCAAAAUGGCUGCAAUCAUUUUUUUAUUUUUUUUUACUUUUAACGCUUAAAUCUCUAGAUCAUCUUCCCAUCUACGUGUUGACUAAAUGUUGUUAUUGUUAUUUUCAUUUUCACUUUUUGUCAAAGAAAACUUUGUUUUUUUAUAUCACAAAAUACUUCAAAGUGGAAUAUUUGAUGUGAAGUCACUUCAAUGGGCCAAUAAUUCAUAGCAACAUUCAUUUUGAUGCAUUAUUAUUUUUUUGAACAGUGAGUUUGAAAAAUCAGCAAUACAUUAUUUAUCAUCUAUACCUUGAUUAUACAUCUUUAAACGGGUUUUCACUUGUGUUUAUUGCAUUUUUUUGUCAAAGAAAACUUAGUUGUUUAUAUGGCAAACACAAAAUGUGCAAUAUUCUCACUUAAAAAUACUUCAAAGUGGAAUAUUUGAUUUGAUUGGGAACAUUUAACAGGUCAAUUAAUCAUAACAACAUUAAAUUUGAUUCAAUAUUAUAGCAAUGCCAGCUUUAAGGAAAACAUUAGAGUCAACAUUUCACCUGUUUGCUCCUUUAUUCCACUUUCUUUUACGUUUAAAAACAUAUUUCAGAAUGUGCAUUGGCCCCCAGGCCACACUUUGGACACCCCUGAUAUUUGGAUAGAAAAUGGACAACAUUUGAUAACUAAUCACAGAGGAGAGUCUCCACAAUGACAGACCAUAUCUACAUUAGCAACAUUGUCAUCAACCUUCAUCACUUGGAUCUCAUAGAUUUUGUUCACUGUAAAAAAAAAACCUCAACAAUAACACAUCAUUCUAAGGUGUAUCCAUCAUUUUGUAACGAUAACAACCAGUAAUUAUAUUCAAAGAAUAUAUUGUUUGUCAAGAGAUGAAUGUACAUCUAAAUAAACUGUUUUAACUGUCGCUGACACACUCAUUAGCAUUAAAGCUACACACACGCACACACACACACACACACACACACACACACACACACACACACACACACACACGCACACACACACAUUUAUAUAAUCAUAUAUUAAAGGUAGGUCUGGGCGAUAUGGCCUGAAAAUAAAAUCCCAGACUUUAUUCACAAAAAAUUGGAUUUACGAUUUGUUUCCUACUUUGUAAA